AUGGCUUCUGAGGCGUCCGAGCUGGAGUUUCACUUGGUGCAGGACGUCGAGCUGACCAGGUGCAUGCGGCUGCGGGUCGAGAGCCUCCGGCAGAGGAACGAGAAGCCGCAGGACGGAGAGAAGCUGCUGCAAGCCAACGAGUUCGUCUACCGGCUGGACUUCUUGCGGCAGCAAGGCCUCCGCUUCCUGCGCUGGAACGUGGCGCUGGAGAAGCCCGGGAAAGUCACCAUCAUCGGCACCUCCCAGCACUGGACGCCGGAUCUCACCAACCUCAUGCGGAGGCAGCUCCUGGAGCCUGUGGGCGUCUUCUGGAAGAAGGCCGGCUCCCAGGAGGUCGAUUGGAACGAGGCGGAUGCGCUGGAGUUUGGGGAGAGGCUGGUAGAGCUGGCCAGGAUCCGGAAAGUCAUGUAUUUCCUCCUGGCGUACGCAGACGGCCUCGAACCGGCCCAGCUCAAGUGCUCCGUCGUGUUCAAAGUCUGA